AAGUUUUCCCACCCACACUGGAGUGGCCCAGUGGGGAUUGCUGAAGGAGGAGGCAUCAAGCUGAGAGGGGCUCCUGGACUCCCUGGACCGAGCGGCGCUGGCUCACCAUGCUGCCCCUUGUUGCCCUGUUUCUCCUGAUUGGGCAGUCAAUGUGUGCUACAACAGGGGACAGAGAGGAUCUGACACUCAGCACAGAAGCAGAGUCCUGGAUGACCGUGAACCUGAAGGGACUCCCUGUUGCCAGCAUUGAACUCCAGCUUCAGGAGUUGAAGAGAAGCAGAACUCGCCAGUUCUAUGGUCUGAUGGGGAAGCGGGUGGAAGGAAUACGUCCGAUCCAGCCAAGGGAAGGAAUGGGUGAUCAGCUGGGACGAAUAGUGCAGGACCUCCUCGGCACAAGAGGCUUCUCCAUAGAAGGGACCUGCAGACAGGAGACACACGAGAGUGCAGAGCCCGGAGCAGUGGCCAGAGAAGGCCUCCAGCGUAAACAGGAAGACCAGACUCCCUCAAUCACCAGCAACGUGUAGCACUCUUCCUGGACACUGAAGAGGAUGACCAGGGUUUAGAGUGAGCCCCAAAGGACGCUUCCCAAAUGAUGCCACGCCCACCCCUCCCUGAACAUCAGAGCUGAAGCGCCUCAGGCCAUCAGUCCAGUGUCUUCUGUCCUUAACUUGGGCAUUCAUGCCAGGCCCGCACUGAGCCCUGCAUUUCUUCCAGGCCUCUUGGCACCAGGUAGCAAUGGCACACAAAGCAGUGCUGCCUCACAGGCUGGAGUGGCCCAGCUCGCCCUUGCACCCAGGCUCUCGUGUCCAUGUGUUACAGGGUAAGAUUUACACCUGUAACCCAUGCCCAACAGUGGGGCUCAGUAAACAAGUGAGCAGUGUAGAAGAACGCAAAUAAAUUAAUCCCACACUAACUCAGAA